GCAUUAACUCAACCUACUGUGUAAAACAACUGGACAGUCUUUCUCCGGUCAUUCAUUUUAAAUAGACGUGUGAAGUGUCUUAUGUCAACACACUUUGGUGGUGCAUGCGAGAGGUGGGGCAUGUUAUAUCUAUCGCCAGUACUCGAGUAACACCGCAGCAUUUCUAAAACAACUAGAGUUUAUCCUCCAGGUCAAUACAUUGUAUACGUUUAUAUUUUUCUGAGGAGAAGGAACAAGAAGAACCCUAAAGCAAAUUUGGAAAAGACGCACAAUCCCAAGCAACCGUGAUCCCCCACCCCCUGACGGGCACACAGCUCGACUUCCCAUCGCACCAUUACGCUCCGUGUCUCUUCACGCCUCCUCCCCCUUCCACCGUGGAUUUUCCUCUCUGAAUCAGAGCCUGGUGUGUGUAAUCAGAUGGCAACAGCUGAUAAUCUGACAGCACUCCCAUUCGGUCCUGUUCACAUGGACCGGAGAGAGCGAGAGGAGGAGAGGAGACAAGCUGGCUGGUCUGCGGGGAAGGAAGCGAGAGGAGGAAGUGGGAGACACUUCACAAUGGAGGAAGGAAAACACCCGACAUCUGAGAUCUACCUCCCAAGCAUCAGCCUUGGAUUUGUAGAUGGUGAAAAGGUUAAAGACCAUGAACUACCAAUCAUUUCUGUAUCCAAAAGCUCCACAGAAAUGGGGAGUGGAUCUUUUCAACACACAGAGGUGCCGUGGUGCCACCAGCAUUUACAUAAGAGUGUAAGCAGCACUGCCUCCACAGUAAGGCCCGCUAGUAUGGGCGGACCAGCGACGAGAGUCCCUGUGACCUUGUGUGACUACGAACAAGGGAGUAUGUGUAGUGGUAACAGCACUCCAGAGAGUGUUAUCUGGCAUGGAGGAACUGCAAGACCCUGGAGCGUCACUGAAGGCUCACCCAGAAGGACUCUUACACAAGAUCUACUCCUUGCACAAAAUCAGACUCAUAGCAGAGUGCCAUGCUCACCAUCCACUAAUAGGGAUCUAAGGAUGAAAGGUCUGGUGAGCAGGGAGGGAUACUGUCAAUGUUGCGGACCUGCGGAGAACUUCACCGGAUGCAGUUGUUGCAGAAUGGGUUCUUCAGUGGGAAAGGUAGCGAAUACAGUGGACCACGCUCCGAGUAACUGUGAAAGCCAACAUCUAACAGCAUGCCGCAGAUCUGCCUGUGCCGGUCACGUGAUGAACACCACCUGCUUGAGGAACGUGUGCAGUGGCGUUCCUUGUCCUGGACAUUUGCUAUCAAGGCCAGCUUGCACAGGAAGCCCGUGUGCGGGUCAAAGGUCACUGCUUCAUUCCGGUUUGCUCGGUUUUCCACCACUUGUAUCCUCAGUCAGCGAAACCAGAUUGGACAGUCGAAGUGCCGUACACUGCUGUGGAUCUGAAUUACAUGGACAGAACUCUUCUUGCCUUAGAAUCGACCGGCCAGAUCAGGACGGCCAUAACAGGACAACAAAAGAUGCCACCACCAUGACGUCUGAACAUAAACUCAGAGAUGUUGGCGUGCAGACCAUGUCCUCCAAUUCCCUUGGCUCCUCUUUUUCUCACCUGUUUCCGGAAAUCAGUUUAAGAGCAGACCCUAUCUUGGAUGCAUGUGUGGCAACAGAUCGCAAUUGUCACAGGACCCCUGUGAAAGAGGUUGAAUGGGAUGCUGAGGGUAUGACAUGGGAGGUGUACGGUGCAUCUGUGGACCCUGAAGAACUUGGCCUUGCAAUCCAGAAGCAUUUGGAGCUGCAAAUAAAAGAGACGGCAGCUGCCGCAGCUGCUCGGAGUGAAUCCUCAGAGACAGUCAACGGCCUGGCGCUGCAGUCCAGGAGACGUAAGAAGAGCGAAGGAAUUAUAAGGUCACUGCGCAGUUCAGCAUGUUGCUCUAACACUAGUACUCUAGAAGACUGAAGCAGGUGGCCUGGUGAUAACGGUAAAGCUACCGUUCAGUGUUUACAGAUUGCGGUGUGUACAUGCUGUACAUUCAAAUAUGGCCUUCUUGUCUCCAAAGUACCUUUUAGAUCAUCUUUCGUGCAACAUACGUUUUAUUAUGCUGGAUGUUGAUCUUCUUUAAAUAGCACGAAUCAAAGGCUAAAAAUGUUUGGUGGUUAGAUCUGCAAACAGCAGAAAAGUGAUCAUCCAGGGAAACCUUAAAGUUAGUCUCAGCCUUGGUAAGACCACCACAAUUCUAAAAAAUAAAGGUUUUUGUCUGGCUGUAUCCCAGCAAGCAAUAGCCGCCAUUUCACUGUCUAGGAUAAGGUGUGAAUCUUGAAACCAAACAAGGGCACUGAUAUAUUUUAAGAUAUGUUAGUGCAAGCUGUUUAAAGUUAAGAUAUCUCAAAUAAGCAUUUUAGUCUGGGACUACUACUAUAAGCCCUGUCCCAAAAUGAUUUACUACAAGGCAACAGAGUUGGUGGAGUUUGGUUUGUUUCAUUUAAUAGCAAAUAAAAUUGAUAUCUAUGAACUGUAUAUUCUAAGUUAUGUCUGUGAAAUAAUCAAUACUUAUUACUUUUAAACAUUUUGAUUCUUUCCGCUGUUUUUACUGUGUUUUUGGAGUUGUUCUGUUUUUGUGGUGUUUCAGAUAAACAAAAUGGACUUUGUUUGGUCGCUUUAAAUGUCUGUCAGAUGGUUUCUUCCUGUCAAUUGUUUGGCCAAAAUAAACUGCAAUGACGACCAGACUUGAUUCCACAAGUCUAUUCUAAAUUUAGUGCAUUCCCUCAUACAUCCCAAAGGGCUCCCUUGAGCAAAAUCUCAAAACUUAAUAGUUCUAGUCAACCAAGU